AUGUGGGAACUGGAUUGCUUACAGUGUCAAGUAUGCCGAACGCCAGAGCUUACUGGUAGCGUACAAGACUCAGCCUGUGAUUACAAAACAGUAGACAAAGCAGUACACGAGCAUUUUCACCCGCUACUGAACGAACUCUCGCGCCUCACGUUUUUUCGCUACUUUAAGGUGGAUCUGGACAAGGAAUGCCCCCAUUUGCCGUGGCAGGAUGACGGCAUGUGCGCCAGUAUUGAUUGCGCUGUAUGCAAGUGUCCGUCACAUGAGAUCCCAGCACCAUGGAGUCAAUUGGACCAAAACGAGAUUCAGUUGUAUCAGAAUGACAGCCUUGGAGAAGCUGGCAAGCCCUGUGACGAGCAGACGGGUGAGAGCACAUUGUCUAUGGUCGAACGCAAGAAUGCAGUAGCUGGUGAGAGUUUUCAAGCUUGGGAAGAGGUACCCAAUGUCAAUGUGUGGGCUUCUCAAGCCGAGGCAGAGGAGACAAUGGCGUACAUUAAUCUGCUGGAAAAUCCAGAGAGAUACACAGGUUAUAGUGGCGUUCAGGCUGAGCGCAUCUGGAAUGCAAUCUACAUGGAAAAUUGUUUCUCACCACCUAAAGAGAGUGCAUUGGACGGCAUGUGUCUAGAAAAGCGUGUGUACUACCGCCUCAUCAGUGGGUUACAGGCUUCAAUUAACACACACAUCGCGCUGACAUACAAGUUUGGUAACAAGUGGGGCGUAAAUCCCUCACUGUUUGUCAAUCGAGUUGGCAAGCACCGCGAUCGACUGCAGAAUCUUUAUUUUGCCUACCUGUUUGUUAUGAGGGCGAUCAGCAAGUACCGCCAUGAACUGUUGGCGUACGACUACAACACGGGCAACGCUGCUGAUGAUCUCCGUGUGAAGCAGAUCCUUCGUCAGCUUUUGCUCGAGGGAUCAGACGAGACUCAGGCGUCGGAAGAUUUUUGCUUGGCAUAUACCGAGUGCUCGUCUGUUCUGUCAGGUUUUGAUGAAAGUGCACUAUUCCGUGUUCAAGUCGACGGUCUCUCCGUCGCUCAGCUAGCACAAGCCAAGCAGGAGAAGGAGCAGCUCGAAGUGCAGUUUCGCGAGAAGUUUCAAAAUGUGAGUCGUAUCAUGGACUGCGUCACAUGUGAGAUGUGCCGCCUUUGGGGCAAGUUGCAGACCAUGGGAUUAGGAACAGCCAUCAAGAUUUUGCUCGCUGAGGACGUGUCGACGAUUCCCAAGCUGCAUCGUAACGAGCUCAUUGCGCUCAUCAACGUGGCGAACAACCUCGCCCGUAGUGUAGACGGUGUGAAGAUGAUGCGAAAACUUGAGUUCAUUGAGGCUGUGAAGCAGUUUGGCUUUGUUUGCGGCGCAGCUGUUCUUCUCGUGUUGGCCCUUAUAGUCAUUUUCCGUAGGCGCAAAACGCGUGCGCACAAGAAGAAGCAAGAAUAA